UUUGAACACAAUUUCAGUAAGCAUAAAAGAUAGCAAAAUUCGGUGCUCUCAACGAAGUAGCUAGUUAGCUGCAGGUAAUUACCUUGAAACCAAUGCCAAGUGCGCGAUGAAAAAAAGUUGAACGUUCGACAAACCCAAGGCCGGCUUAGUUUCAUUUGCUGUGUCAUUUCAAAUUGAAGUGCAACUUCGAACAUCAAGCAAUGGACGCCCGGAUCAUCCUUCCCGACUACAUAACUGAGAAACUGAAAUGCGACUUGUGUCAUGGCUACCUAUCCAUCCCUCCAAUAUCCACAUACCAAGAAAAGCAUAGUUGUGGUAGAUGCAACCCCGGCUGGCCCAGAAAUGUAAUUUACGAGCAAAUCGCCAAGGUAACGUCCUUCCCAUGCAUGUAUUGUGGCAUACAAUUCUCCUGGAACAACAUGGAACGACACGAGAGUUCGUGUAGACUGAACAAAAUCCUUUGCCCAUCAAUAUACGAUAAGGCUCUCCUGAUGAGCGACAUUCCAGCGCGAACUCACGGUGAAUACCAUGAGAGAUGCCAGAUCAGAAAGAUAACGUGUCCUUUCAACUUCUGCGGGGAUUCUUACCAGGUUACUAGUAUCUUGGACCAUUGGGUGAAAUUCCACAAGGAAUAUAUCUUCACAAACGAGGUACAAGCGAAAAAAAUCCUCAAAGAGGAAAAAAUUUGGAACUUUAUAGCAGACACUCAGGUCUGCCUGGUUGUGGUCAAUCAAAUAGUGAUGCUGCUGUUCGUUCACAGCAACUGCGAGUCAGAGGACUCUACUGGAGACAUAACAUGCUACAACUACUACUUUGGAGUGUUUUCCCUCUGCUUAGAACCCUGUGGAAUUUGUUAUGUGGUUUCACUAACCUGUCAUUCCGACAAUGAAGAUUCCACCUUGAAAAUGAAGAAUCAAGAGAUCAAGCCAUUCAACGAUAACCUGCACCGCUUACAUUUCCUCAAGAUAGGUUUGUGUGACUUGAAAAGCUUCGACUUCAUGACUACAAAGUUUGUCAAAAUCAAAAGACUGAAGGACAUGAGACUGAGCUAUUCGGUAAAGAUUUGCCAAAGCUUCGAACCCUUAGCUGAGGGAUUUCCCAAGCAGUCUUUUCCAAUCAACUUGGAAAUCCUCGGGAAGAGCUUCGAAUGCCCGAUUUGCAAGGAUUAUAUGUGCCCGCCGGUGUAUAACUGUCAAACGGGUCAUACGAUAUGUAAGAACUGCAAAAUGAAAAUGAGAAACUGCCCUUUUUGUCAGGCCGCGAUUGGAAAGUCGAGGAAUUUUGUCCUCGAAGAAAUUUUGGAAACGUUGUCGAUUCCAUGUCAGAAUGAAGCCAAAGGUUGUGGUUUUGUAGGGAGAAUCGAAGAAGUGAAAUUUCAUGAAGUUUUAUGCCCUUACAAAUGAAUAACUAUCAGUACAUUAUAUUCCAUUAUUAUUUGCACCAUGUAGAGAAAUUCUAGAUUUGUGUUGCGUAAAGCACUCAAGUGGAUACGAAUGAUAAUUGCCAAUGUACAAAGUUUCAAUAACACCUAUGUAGAUUUGUUACAUCGACACUGUGAAUCAAGAAAGGAAAACAUGUUCAAAUAUGGACGCGAAAAGUACUUAUAAUUUAAAUUUUCGGCAUUGAAAAAGAGAUAUUUUCGAAAAUUUCAAUAAAAAAUUCUAAACAUUUCAUGACAUAUUGAGAUACAUGAGGGUGGAGAUAGGUUUUCUUUUGAAUAAAGGUUGAAACAGUUGCACAAAAAUGUGCAACUCUAACAAUAAUAGAUCAAUUAUAAGAACAUUGGCUCUCAAAGGCAAAGUCAUGAUUAAAGAUAAUAAAAUAAGUACCUGAAGUAAGUCUCGCUAGGACUAAUAAUAGAUCAACUUCAGCAAAAAUGGCAUUCCAGACUCGUACAUACAACUAGGACUUCUACUAUUGAGCAUAAAAACAAGAUAAGAUCAUGAUUACCUACAAAAAAUCAAGAAUUAUGAUACUGUACUGAAUGGAUAAAUAUAUUGAAAGAAAACAUAACAGAUUUUAAAUGAUGUAACAGGUUAUUAUAUACCAUCAGAGAAGCCCUUCUGUUACCUAUGCAUUAACCGAUACUUUUUUAGUAUCGAAACAAAAUAUAUGUCUGACAGAUGACAGUUUUAGUCAUCUCCUGAUGAUGCUGACUUGGUUAGUGAAGCGCACAGCAAGAGAGAUCUGAGUUUCAAAUUUAUCACCAGAAACAUAAAAAAUCAUCAAUUAACAUUCUGAAAAUUAUCAAGAGAAUAGUUGGAAAGAAAAAGUUAUGGUCAAAAGUAGUAGUACUAGACCGGUACAAUUUUUAUCAAAACUUUAGUUUAAUGAACAGUCCUUUUAUAAUGUUUUUGAAUACUUCAGAAACAGAAUUUCUAUAAUAAUACUUAGUACAACAUAUUAUAUUAAUCAAUUAUAUAUUAUUAUAUAUCUUCUAUUACCUACUCAACUUGUAUAAUUUUAUGUUUUCUGGAAAAACUUGUUUUUCUUAUAAAGCCUAGGAGUCAUUCUGUUUACAUGACGAAUAAAAUGUUAAAACUUUCAUUUUGAGAGGGAUAAUUGCAAAAGUAAUAUGUGGAGUACAAGACUAUCUUUUGUCUGGAUCGAUUAUUUUGGAGAAUUUGGAGAAAUCGUUCAUCUAGAAGUGAAAAGUAUUCAACUACUGACGCUGCUCAGAAGGACUUAUUUCACCAUAUGGUAAAACCAUAGAUUAGUUUCAGAGCGAUUUCAUCAAAUGGUCUUUUCUGCAUCUUCACCACCCUAUUAAAACACUUUUUCCAAACCAAAAAUACUUUUUUAUCAUAAGAAGAUGACUAGUCAUUGAUGACUAUUCAUUUUCUGAUGAUGUUUUCAUGAUUAGACAAGAGAUCGUUUUUAUUCUGAAGUCGGAAAAGUGUUUUCAAUAGAUUCAAUUUAGUGGUUCCAAUUUUACUUUUAACUACUGUAUUUAUCUAGAUCUUGAACAAACUCUCGACUUUUCCAUUAGAUGGCCUCGGAACUGUGUCACAGGAGAAAAAUAUGUAAAUAUUUAAAUAAGGCAUUUAUUUUCAGUGUAGAAUUGAUUUAGACCUCCUCAGGAACUAUGUUCUGGAAAAUGAAAACAACAAAACGUUCUGAAUAGAACCUUCAAAGUGAUUAGAAGUUCAGAUCCCCUCUACAAUGGCUGGUGACUACAAAAAGGUAGCUGCACGUUUUUCUUCAAUCCUAAAUGAUAUUAUUUCAAUGUGAUAUACAUAUAUACCUUUUAAUAUUUGAUUGGUCUGUUUUAGAGUCACAGUCAGAGUCCACUUCCAAUUAUAUUACUGUUUCAGUUAGACAGAAAUUUACACUUUGUAGGUGAAAUAAAUAAUAUUUCUUAGUA